GCCCACACCUACCCGUGGUCUUUGCUGGAUGACUUUUUCAGAAUAUGCCGAAGCGUUCACAAACUUACUCCGAGGAAGACCGAAUAUGCUCCGUAAGCGUUCAUAAACUUCCUCGGAGUUAACUCUGCAUACCCACUUUUGAAGUGGAUAAAGUCAUACUCUGACGGUUUUGACAUAAGGUUCGCGUUGAUUUAAUGUAAUCUGUGGUCAGAGGUGAUGUUCUGUCCUACGCUAGCACAGUGCAGUCUCAUUUGAAUUAGUUUGAAGCUCAAAUAGUUUUUUGUUUAAUCAUAUUUAUUUAAUAAAAAAUGGAUUACGAAUUUAUUUGUUAAUUUAUCAUUGGCAGUGGACACUGUGGACAGCUUUUGGAAGUUCUCAAAACGCCUGAUGUAAGGGCGUUUUAUUCUCAGUAAGCUGGUAUUUCUGCUUCUACCUUAGAGUCAAGACCUAAUGAAAGAUCGAAGUGCGUAUGGUCUGAUAUUGAUGCGAAAAGUUGAUACAGUGCCAUGAAAAUGACAGUAAAUUCAAGUGCGGUUCCUACAGGAAUUAUGCUGUUUGGAAGAUUAUUUCUUCAGAAAUGGAUACCUACGGUUUCAACUGUUCUUCCAAAAAGUGUGAAUUCCAGUGGAGGUACUUGAAAAACUGUACAUGAGAUCUGUAGAUAAUAUGGGGUCCAAAGGUUCAGGCGAAGCACCACAUUGUUCCAAGUAUUUUGAAGAAAUGGAUACCAAAUUUGCAGAUCGCCCCUCGGAUCGCCCAAAUGUCAGUCCAGUUGCAUUGGCAAGCUCGUCUAGAAGCAGUUCCUUAAACCUCCAAGGCUUGGACAUGAGCAGCCUAGGAGGAAAAAUAGUCAUGGACAGACAUCUCAACCGAUCCAAGAUCUGGAAGCCAAAAAAAGAGACUUCAUCAGGAGAGGAUGAGGUUCCAGGAAUAAUUCCUUUCAGAAAUAAAAAAUUUGGUAGCCUCUUCAAGGAAGGAAUGAUGAAUAAAGGUAGCCAAAAUAAUCGAUAUUUUGAAUGUUAUUGUUGCGCCAAGAAUUCAAAUAGUUAUUCUAAUGUUUAUUUUUGUUAUAUUCCUUAAUUUUUAUAAUGUUUCUUUAUUUUCAUGAUGUUUCUUUAUUUUUGUAAUGUUCAGCAAUUUUUUUUACAUUCAUAUAUUG